CGGGUUGAUAACGAGGGCCGCACUGAUGACACACACGGAAAAUCGCCGGAUAGUUGUAAUAUUCAUGACCUUUUAUUUAUAGCUGUUGGUUACUCUGUUUUGUGUAAAGCUUUUUUUUUUUUUGUACAAAGUUCUCAGUAACCCGUUUGUUAUCUUGGUUUUGUGUAUUUUGUUUUCUCAUCCGGGGACAACGUUAUCUGAGGAAUUAGCCGCUUUAUUCUUCUACAGGGUCGCAGGCAAGCUGGAGCCUAUCCCAGCUGACUACGGGCGAAAGGCGUGGUACACCCUGGACAAGUCGCCAGGAAGGUUCACCACAUCUAAGAAAUAACUGAUACAGUAGGAAGAGGAAGCAAGUCGUCCUGUUUGCUGGCACGUUUAUCAAAGAAAAGGAGGCAUAUUAUAACUCAAGACAAGGGGGCUCCAUCUCCAAGGGGGGGAAAAGCAAGAGAGGAAUAUUGUUACAAGCAACAAACAAAAGAGUGGGAGAGAAAGGAUUAAAGGGCAAGAGACGUGAUAACCAAGCACACAAAAACAGAUCCACACACUCGGACUCGUAGACUGUCUCGUUCUCUCCACCCAUUGUUAGUCUCCCUCACUCCUCCAUCAGGAUGAAGCUGAAGGAGGAUGUUCCUCCUCUUUUCCUGCACGUCUUUCGCUCUGUGGUUUGGAUCUACUCUUUCAUCACCUUUAUACCCUGGUACUUCCUGUCUGGAGCAAAGGACAACCAGACCCGAGCCAAACGCAUCAAAGCACAUUCAGUUACCAGGAAUCCAGCAGGGCCUUACCGGGCCAUCAGCAGCCUGAACCGGCUUGUUUCGGAGCUCCAUGAUGGAGUGGGGACUCUGGAUAAAGAGUUUGAGUAUGCAGUUAAACAAUUUCCUCAGAGAGACUGUCUUGGUACCCGAGAGGUGCUCAGCGAAGAAGAUGAACUGCAGCCCAAUGGCAAGGUCUUCAAGAAGGUGAUCUUGGGUUAUUAUAACUGGCUGUCAUAUGAGGAAACUUUUCAGUUGGUCCAGAGGUUUGGGCGAGGCCUUGCUGCCCUGGGUCAAAAGCCUCAGUGUAACAUUGCUGUCUUCUGUGAGACUCGUGCCGAGUGGAUGAUAGCAGCACAGGCCUGCUUCAUGUACAACUUCCCACUGGUGACUCUAUACUCUACUCUGGGAGGGGCAGCAAUAGCCCAUGGUCUCAAUGAGACACAGGUCACACACAUCAUCACCAGUAAAGAUCUGCUGCAGAGUCGCCUCAAGGAAAUUCUCCUGGAAGUCCCUAGGCUGCAGCACAUCAUCAUUGUGGACCAUAAGCCCACCAGCUGGCCUGGCCUACCCAGAGGCAUUCUGGUCCACAACAUGUCCGCUGUCCAAGAACUGGGCGCAAAACCCGAGAGCAUGAUGGUGCAGUGGAGGCAGCCCCUUCCCAAAGAUAUUGCGGUGAUCAUGUACACUAGUGGCUCCACAGGUAUCCCCAAAGGAGUCAUGAUCUCUCACAGAAACAUCAUUGCUGGGGUAGCUGGCAUGGCUGAACGUGUCCCAAAUGUGGGAGAGAGUGACACCUAUAUUGGCUACUUGCCACUGGCACAUGUGUUGGAGCUCAGUGCUGAGCUGCUGUGCAUUUCUCAUGGCUGCCGCAUUGGAUACUCCUCACCACAGACCCUCGCUGAUCAGUCAACCAAAAUUAAAAAAGGCAGUAAAGGAGAUGCGACUGUCCUAAAACCAACGCUGAUGGCAGCUGUUCCGGAGAUCAUGGACCGUAUCUAUAAGAAUGUGAUGACUAAGGUGGAUGAGAUGAGCAGAGUGCAGAGGACUCUCUUUGUAUUGGCCUACAACUACAAGAUGGAGCAGAUCACUAAAGGAUAUAGCACUCCGCUAUGUGACCGUCUGGUUUUCAGGAAAGUGCGUUCACUGCUAGGUGGGAAUACACGAGCGUUGCUGUCAGGAGGAGCUCCUCUGUCUGAGGCUACUCAGCGCUUUAUGAACAUUUGUUUCUGCUGCCCAGUGGGACAGGGCUACGGUCUCACAGAGACCUGUGGAGCUGGGACCAUUAGCGAGUUAUAUGACUACAGUACGGGCAGAGUUGGAGCGCCUCUGGUGUGUUCAGAGAUCACGCUUAAGGACUGGGAGGAAGGCGGAUACUAUAGCACUGAUAAGCCCACUCCUCGGGGGGAAAUUCUAAUUGGUGGUCCGAAUGUUACUAUGGGUUACUAUAACGGUGAAGCAAAGAACAAGGAAGACUUUUUUGUGGAUAAAAAUGGACAGCGCUGGUUCUGCACAGGAGAUAUUGGAGAGUUCCAUCCUGACGGUUGUCUUAAGAUCAUUGACCGUAAAAAGGACCUGGUGAAGCUGCAGGCAGGAGAGUAUGUGUCUUUGGGAAAAGUAGAAUCUGCACUGAAAAACUGCCCCCUCAUCGACAACAUAUGUGCUUAUGCCAACAGUGAUGAGUCAUAUGUGAUUGGCUUUGUGGUGCCCAAUCAGAAACACUUGCUCGCUCUUGCAAAGCAGAAGCAAGUGCAAGGGUCAUGGGAGGAAAUUUGUAAUCACCCUGAUAUGGAGAAGGAGGUGCUGUGCAUCAUUACUGAAGCUGCUAUAAAUGCCAAACUGGAGCGCUUUGAGAUCCCCAAAAAGAUCCGUCUGAGUGCCGAGCAGUGGACUCCGGAGACAGGCCUGGUUACUGAUGCCUUCAAACUCAAACGCAAGGAGCUCAAAAGCCACUACCAGGAAGACAUUGAAAGGAUGUAUGGUGGCAAGUAAAAGAGAGGGUCAUACAGCAGUAAGAAUUGGGAUAAUUCAAAGGAUUUAUGAUGUACCAUGACCCCAAAGCCUAUAUAUCAUGACUCCUAAUGUGUUCCUGCUUCUUUUGAAUAAACCCCUUAGAUUGUAUACAUUUAAAUUAUUGUAAGGUAUAGGAAAAUCAAUAACAACAUGUACUAAGAUGGUCAGCAGGCAGUUAAGUGUUGAAUCAGUAGCAAAGCAAAUUUUGAUCAACGUUCUUCUAGUGCACCAGGCAUGGAUCAUUUUGGGAACUAAUUUUAAAUUUUGAACACUUUUGAAUCUCAGACUCAGAAAUGGAUGAACCAGCUCCAUUUAGCCACAAGAAAAAAUGCCCAGGAUUUGUACAAACGAAGAGCAAUCUGUUGGACUGUACACAAAUGAGAUUAUGAAUUCAUUCCCAUCUGCAUUGGGGAACAAGGUAGCAUUAUCUGUGCAGCGAACAUUUUAAGCUUGUUUUUCUUGUUGGUUCUGUUCAUUUCCAUUUGUGAUUUAUCUGGCAUCUGUGGAAAGAAGCGGUGUGAGAUUUCAGUGUGAAGGUCACCUUACUUUGUAUUCCAAACGUGCUCUUUUUAUCCAAGCACUCCUUGAUAUUUUGUGUGUGUGUUUGUUGUUGUUUCCUUCUCUUUGGUCAUCCCGGUUUUACUUUUAUCCCAGGGUCUGUUGCAAAGAAUUACUCAAACUCUGGGAUAAAGUGGUCCUGACAACGCUGUUAAUAUACUAUAUUCUGCUCCUUGUAUAUAGUGCUCCAUUUUUUGUUAUUGCCCAGAAAAAUAGAUCAUGGAUCAUUUGUGCCCACUUUCUGUAAAAUAUGCCUCAUGCUAAUAGUGGAAUGUCUUAUUCAAGAUUUUGUCCUAUGUUCUACAGCCUUCUGUUUGUUGUAGGUGACACAAUGUUGGUUACCCUGGCAUUUAGGCUAAAUCUGACUUCUUUUGUUUGUUUAUUUUUUUAUAAAUGGUGUUAACUGUUCUGUCACUUAUUGGUAAUGUUACAGAAGACAGACUUAAGCAAUGCAUCAUUAACAAAUAAACCAGCAAGCUAACUCUUCACUCCACCACAGAAAGGGGUGUGUGAACAUGUGUGUUGGGAUGGGGUUUUUUUUUGUUUUUUUUUUAUAUCUCCUCAUCCUCCAAACUGGCAUUUGAAGUGUGUGUGGGGGGGUUUGGCCUCUCGCUGAUUAGUUUUUUCUGUUUUAUUUAACUAUUGGGGUUCUACCAAAAUCUGUUUCUCAGAAUGAGUAAGAAGUGGGCAGGGAAUAUAUAGCUUUACAUUUGUGCAUAUGUAUAUCAUAUGCCUUUAGUCCAUAGUCCUUUUAACAACAACUGAAAUGUAUGAGAUGAAUGUUUACAAUGAGAAGUAUGUGCAACAGGUUCAUGCCUUUUGCAGAGAUGUUUAAAAUGCUCUGUUGAAGCCAUUAGACUUUUAUAUUGAAUUCCUAUAUAUUGAUAUUGUCAUGGGUUGGUUGGUCAUGUUGAAUAAAAGUAUAACAUGAAUGUGCAAUAAAUAUUUUCAUUAUAUACAUUUAAAUGCACAUUACUGACCAUAAGAGCUGACCACCUAUUCAGAAUUUUUUUUUUCCACAAAAAAGCCAUUUCAUUGGAUUUCACUUGCAUUUCAUGAUUCAAAACACAAUACAGAACCAUACUGCAAGCAUUUUCAUUUGGAUAGGAGGGUAAAAUGUUUUUUGUUUUUAAUUCUAUAAUGCUUUUAUAUGUCCGCAUGAGUAAAUAUUAUAUUUUGGGAUUUAGAUUACACUAGUUCUCUGAAAUUAGAUAAGAUCUGGUCAUAAUAGUAGUAGUAUUCCUCAAAGGUGAACUUUUUAAAGUGUCUGUGCCUCCAAUACUCCGUUUACUGAAAUGCUUUUAAAAACAAUAGUUUAACUCCUGUAAUUGUUUUGUAAUUAUUAUCUGCUUUAUCAUAAGAAUUUCAUGGACGUUGUUAGCUGGUUGUCCUCAAGCUGUGCAAACAAGUUCAGUGUCCUCUCAGAUGUGCACAGCAUGGCAACUUGAUUCAUAGAAAGCAUGUGAUUUUGAACUUUAAAAAAAAAAAGGCAGCCAUUCCAAUCCACUUUCGGCUGUACUUGGGGAGUCUGGUUCAAUGGACUAGACACCACUCACACUGUAGAUAUAAUACUCUCUGAUUCUGAAACAUAAUGAGUUCCUGAUAAUCUUCCUUCGGAUAGGCAAUGAAAUCAGCAAACACCCUUGCACUUUUAGGUGCAUUUUCUCUGUUUCAGCUGCAGACUUAAUCCAAAACACUGAUGCAUAUAAAUCUGUUUAGGUGGGGUUGAAAAGAAAAUCUGCCUUGUAUUUACAUAGCAAGCUGAAAUGUUUAAAUCACAUCUGCUUUCCAUCUCCUUUUAUUUGUUUAUAUUUUUAGAAACUGUAUAAUUGUGUACAAAGCAUGUAAAUGUACUCUAGGUCAUGCCUGGAUCCAGAAAUUAAAUCCAACUGUAAGUGUUUACACCUCCAGGUGGAAAGAAAUGGCACUCUCAUUUAUACAUUUGUUUUUUAUUGAUCAUGUUGUAAAUAUCUUUUGCUUUUUUCCAAGGAUAAAAGUCAUUUUCAUAUUUCACCUUUUUUUCUUUCCUUUUUUUAUUAUUUUUUGGGGUCGGAUUCUCUUUGAUGUGAAUGAAAUCACUGUAUAGCAGGUCUUCUGUAUAGCAGUUCUACUUUUAUUUAUUUGAAAUUUUGUACUGAAAGUGUGUGUGUAUAAGAAUAAAGGUUUGUAACUGUGCUAAA